CAAAAUAACAGAAACGCCCCCCACAGUCUCACCACGGUUAUCAGACAGCUCCAUACUCGUAAAUCUCCGCCCCUCUGACUUCCAUCAUCGAAGAGCUGUCAAACUUAGAACUCCGGCUUCAAUUUCUUACAUUUUCAUUUCAAAAUCCUCUUUUCCGUUCACCCCUCUCCACCGGAGAUUGUUCCCCUCUCCCCACGCACAAAAAAAAAAAAAAAAGAAAAAGAAAAAGAAAAAUCGCAACUCAGAACCCCCAAAUUAGUGGCUUCUCCAAAACCCUAAAACUUCAACACAAUCGUCAACUUCAGCUGCAAUUCUCACCGUAUUGAAGGUAUAUAUCAGGCGUGUUCGGUGAGGAAGAUCGGAAGCGGCGAGGCUAUGGAAUAGCUGCCUGCAACAAUGGCGGAGUUCUGAAAGAAAAAAGAGAAUUAGUAAUCGAGAUUCUUCAAAUGGCGGGUCUUCAGAUAGGCAAGGCUUUUGUGCUUUUGUUCGUUUUUGUUUUCUUAACUCAUCCAUCUGGUUUUAGGGUUUUAGUGAAUUGUAACUCGUUAUCUAUUGAACACGAAAAUGAACCUGAACACGAACAUCAGAAAGAUAGUACAAGUGAGUUGGAUCGACAACAAACCCAACUAGAAAAGCUUGAAAAUCUAGUGAAGAGCCUUAGUGAAACAGCAGCUAGACUUGAGUCGUGGUUGCCCGAAUGUCGAAAGGGUGGAUCUGUUGAGAAGGAACGGCAUAGGAUCGAUGAUUUGCGACCGAGUCUUCAGGAUCGAGAUAAGGUUGACGGUGGAAACGGAGGCGAUGACAAGGUAUUGAAAGAGGUCGAAGAUGGGGGUUUUGAAGGAAAGACAAGGGAGGGAGACAGAGGGAGAGGGGUUUCUGUGACAAAAUACAAUCCGUCGUGGUCGGAGAGGUUUCAGUUUCUCUCGGCGGUGAAGCUUGAAUCGGAAGCUACGGCGAUUAACGUAUUGCCAUUUGAAGAUUAUGAAGGUUAUAGCAAAUAUGUUGCUGUUGGAGAUGAACGGGGCAGGGUUUUUAUCUUCUUGUCAAAUGGAGAUGUCUUGGUUGAAUUCUACACGUUAUCAGAUUUCCCCAUUACAGCUAUGCUUUCUUACCUCUCCGUCAACAAGAAUGAGAGUUUUUUGGUGACUGGACACAAAGAUGGGGUGGUCUUAGUACAUCGUGUUUGGGAGGCUUCAAAUGCAGAAGAUUGGCAUUCCCUUUCCAUGGCAAAUUUUGGAGCAUUUUCUCCAUCAAAUAAAGGGGUAGAGGGUUCGACAGUUACAAUUUUGGAAGUGCACCAAGUUGGAAGAAUGAGGUACAUUAUAUCUUCUGAUGUUAGUGGUAAAAUCAUGAUCUUGCGGGAGAAUGGAACAGUUUAUGGUUCGGCUAAAUCGGUUGGUCGACCACUGGCAUUCAUGAAGCAAAGGCUUCUGUUUCUCACAGAGAAUGGUGUUGGGUCUUUAGAUUUGAGGAGCAUGACAGUUAGGGAAUCUGAAUGUGAAGGGAUGAACCACUCACAUGCGAGGAAAUAUGUUUUUGAUGCAUCAGAGCGUUCAAAAGCUUAUGGGCUUACAUCAUCUGGUGAUCUGAUUCAUGUGAUGCUUUUGGGAGAUCUGAUGAACUUCAAGUGCAGGGUGAGAUCUAAAAGGAAACUUGAGAUUGAUGGUCCUCUCAUGGUCCAGGUGAUUAAGGGGUAUCUGCUUAUAGUUAGUCAAGAGAAGGUUUUUGUGUAUAAUGUUUCUUCUCACCAUUACAUUAGGGCUGGUGGCCCCAGGCCACUUUUCUUUGCCAGUCUUGAUGAAAUUAGGUUUUCAUUUCUGAAUCCUAAUGGGAUGGAUGAUGGCUCUGAAGCUAGAACAAUGAUGCCCGUAAUUACCAGUGACCGUGAAAAGCUUGUUGUUCUUGGCCUUGGAAGUGGCUAUGUGGGGAUGUACCGUUCCAACCUUCCGAUUUUCAAACCAGAAUUCAAUACAAUGCUCUGGACCAGUCCAGUUCUACUCUUCAUCGUGUUCCUAUUUGGGGCAUGGCAGUUCUUUGGAAAGAAGAAGGAAUCGCUUACCUCAUGGGGACCAGAUGAUCCUUUCAGCUCCACAUCAGCCUCAAUGGGAACUUCGUUGGGAACUGGCUCAGGGGAAAGACCCUUUGGAGAUUCUUCUUCAAGGAGUGCAGAUAUUAUGGACAUGAGAGGACGUCCUCUCAGACAGCCAAGCAGGUAUGUCUCUCCUUCCCGGUUUCCUGGUGGAGCGUCCCUUCCUUUUAGGUCAACUUCAGUGGAUCCCAACUUCGGAACCAGUUCCAAUGAUCCCAAUUACAGAGCUGCGGAGUUGAAAUAUAGAGGCCCAAAUCUAGAAACAGCAGGCUUCCCCAAAAGGAGGGAGCAAUUAUUUCCAAACAGCCAAGGUGUAGAGGAGCAUAUGGACUGACCUAAUGGGAUACUUGCUUUAGCUUUUCCCGAGGAUUAGGUUCCUCAGAGUCUGAUCCUAAGCCUGUUCAGUUUUCAUGUUUGGGGUUGCCUGGACUUUCCAUAAUUGUAGCUUUAUAUGCAAAAACAUAAUGACAGAAUUAGCAGCAGAUUCCAGUUUAAGAAUCGUUUGGCAUUUUCUUUCUCCUGAUGUUUCAACGUUUUCAUUGCCAUUUGUCAUAUAUUUUUUUUCUUCUAUCUGCCCAAAUAAUAAAAGAGUGGAUGGGAAGGAUCA